AUGCCGCGUCUCUUACCUCGUCUGCUCAAAUGGCUCGAACAUAAUCCUCUCUCCCAGCCAGACUACCGCGGUCCGCUCCUUAAACAAUCCCGUCGUAGUCGGAGAUCUUUAUGGCGACCUACUCCGUCUGCAGAUGAAUUCACGGAAGCAUAUUUGCUUCCAAAUCGACGCAGGUCAAUCGUGCUUGAUGAGGAUAAUAUUUUCACGUCGCGAGAGAAGAAUACGAGGCAUAAACGCCUGCCUCCUGUGUUGAAACUCCAGAAAAAUCAGGAAGGGUUGGUUAUUAAUAAUGAUACUCCACGAGAGAUGACAGAGCAGGAGAAGCAGUGGUGGUCGAGUCCUUACCUAAGGAUGCUUUCUUCAUCUUUCAGAAGAUGCAUGGUCUCUGGAAAACAUCUUCCCACUGACUUUUUAAUCCGACUCGUUGCAUUAAGGAUGCCUCGAACCCGUACCUCUCCGGCUGCAUCAGUACUCGUACCCGAUGGCAUUCUGCAUCCCAAGUUCGCUAAACGUGCACAUGGAACAGGUCAUUAUCUGACUUGUUGGAAUAAAGCACUGGACUGGAUGAUUAAGAAGGAGGUACCGGAGAGGAUCUACAAAAAUGCCUUUGCACAUUCACUUUUGUCGGAACAGAUAGGACACCAACUUCGGUUACGCGUUUUGCAAGAGUUGGAAUUACUUGUAUACAAGUUGAAGGUGGUGUCGAGAACGACGGGUGAUGGGGAUGUUGUCUUGCGACGACUCACAAGGACUGAAUGGACGACUAUGAAGAGCACUGGAAAUAUUCCUUGGCCAGGCGCAUCUUGUGUACUUGUCGUUCCGCCCGUCAAUAGGGACCCCCGAACGAAGCAGAGGGCACAGCCGAAUUACAGUAAUACCCCACCGGAGGAGACAUCCAUAGACUCAAAUUCUUCUGAAGUUGAAGGAAAGACCCUACCACCACUCCCAGAGCUUUCCGUGCUCUACCCUACCGAACCCCCAAACUUCGAAGAACCACUGGACUUUCUACAAGAUUCACAUUUACCCCAAUCACGCGUACCGCUGUACAACGGACUUACUCUUUUCCCAUCACGGACUCAGCGAGCGGCUUUACACGAGAAACUUUGCGAGCUUCUUGGUAUCGAAAGGCAGAAACUGAAGAAGCGACGCAGACACACGGACGAUAAGUCGAGUCAUGCCUUCGUUUUGUUUUCGACUGCAAAGACGCUUAGUAGAGUGGAUACUGUACCUUUGUUGAUUGCGUUAUGGAGGAUUAGGAUGUGGGAAGGGGCUGGAUGGGGGGAUUGUUAUUGGACACCACGGACACAAUCUUAG